AUGGAUACCAUCUUAUUCUUCAGUCUAAUCAUUGCAUCCUAUGAUGCCAACAAGAAAGCACUCCGAGAGAGCAGCUGCCAAGUGGAUGUGCUGCCGGGGCUCCUCGCAAAGGAUGUGAGACACAGCAAGGAUAUCCUAAAGCAAGAAGCCCAAGCAGAAGCCAAAAGGGUUAUGCUCAUUCAAAAUCAAACUCUAGCUACACUUCAAUGUUCAGGGAACAAAGUGAAUGUUAACUUCCUCUACUUGAAGAAAAGGCCAAAGGUGAAGUAUACUCUGAAGAAGCUGAGAGUCAUUGCUGCUCCCAGCAGAAAUGAAUCUGCCUCCCCAAGGUGUCAGCUGGCACCUCCAUCCACAUUACAGAUGGGAUCCCUUCUGACAGGCAAAGCAGUUUUACCAGGGAUCUCCCAGUGUAAGGUCUACCCAGUAAUGGUGGCUUCCUCAGAUACUUUUUCCACUGUUACCAUUUCCACAACUCCUGGGAAUAAAGAAGGAGAGAGAACUACAAGUAUUGAAACAGAUGAGAGCCUAAAGAAGAGGCAAAAAUGGAGCAUUGUGGUAAAAUUCCUGAUUGCUGCCAUCCUUUUGACCAUUGGCAUUGCCAUUAUAGUGUUCAUCAUUUUUGAAGUUCCAUGUCCUAGUCAAUGCCUGGGAGCCAGGGAGCUAUGCCAGUGCUGGUGGUUAUGUGGAAAACAGAGAAACGAAGCUGGCAGGGAAGCCCAGCAACUUGGGGCAGCUGAAGCCCAGCCUGACUUUCAGCCAGAGAAGGAAAUAUUAAGCAGGGGUCUCCCCUAUGGAGUGUUACUUUGCAAACAUGGGGUUGCCAGAGUCAGAAUUGACUCCAUGGCGAUUAACAGCAACAAGGUUGGACAAGAUAUUUCAAACUCAUCAAAACCAAAGAAAGCUCCAGGGAUCACAGUCAUCCAACAGACUUACUUCUGA